AUGAAUAAAGAACAAAUAUUCAGUGUUAGUUGUGAUGUUGAUGCUAAGCUGUUUAAUUAUUGGUCGAAACGCAAUUACGGCGCUUUCAGCCUGUUUUGUGCAGUCAUGAAAGUAUCCAUUGUAUUGUUGUCAAUUUUGUUUCGUCUCUCUUUUUGUUUCUACGUUCCUGGAUUAUCACCAGUAGAAUACGACAUCGGAGAUGAAAUAAGCGUCAAGGCAGUAAAAGUUUGGAGUUCGGACACACAACUCCCGAUUGAUUUUUAUAAAUAUUUAUCUUUCUGUGACCUGAAGGGAAAGCAUUCUUAUGAAAAUCUCAAUAUUGGUGAAGUUUUGCGGGGUGACCGACUUGUCGGAGCCCCUUUUAAGAUCAAUAUGCUUAAGUCUGUUAAAUGUCUAUCAGCUUGCAAAACAAUACAAUUGGAUGCUGAAAAAGUUAACGAGCUAAUCCGUCUUAUUGCCAAUGACUAUAUGGUUAAUCUUGACGUGGAUGAUUUACCGGUAGCAGUCGAACGUUCAAUCGGAGGUCAUUCUCACCUUGAAAUUGGGUAUAAAGUGGGUGCAAUUAGUGACAAUGAGAUUUAUUUAAAUAAUCAUCUGAAAUUCUCAAUCAAAUAUCAUGGACUCAAUAAUCGAUAUCGUGUUGUUGGUGUUACCGUUGUUCCAAUGAGCAUCAAUCGUGAAAGUCUCAGCAUUCAAUCGGACGGGACUUGUGAGAUCAAAUCUGAUCAAAGGGGCCCUAUGGUUCUCAAAAUGGAUACUCCAAUUCAGUUCCCAUACACCUACGAAGUUGAAUGGGUCAGUUCAGAAAUCGAUUGGGCCUCUCGUUGGGAUGUUUAUUUGAACACUGGAGAUGGACAAAUUCACUGGUUCUCUAUCAUUAAUUCAAUCAUUGUCAUUAUUUUCCUAACUGCUGUUAUGGCUGUUGUGUUGCUGAAGACCUUGAGACGGGAUAUCGCUUCAUAUAAUCGUGAAGAGGAUUCAGAGGAAAUAAUCGAAGAGUCGGGAUGGAAACUUGUUCAUGGGGAUGUUUUUAGACCCCCUCGGCGCAGUGCUCUGCUGGCAGCAUUCGUGGGCUCUGGAGUGCAACUUCUUUGCAUGACCUUUAUUGUGUUGUCCUCUCGUGGUGCCCUCCUUAGUGCUGUUAUAUUCACUUAUGUCUUCAUGGGAGCUGUUGCCGGUUAUUUCUCCGGUCGUAUCUACAAGACUAUGCGAGGAUUCUACUGGAAAUCCACUGCUCUCUUGACUGGUAUGCUCUAUCCCGGUAUCAUCUUGUCCGUUUGCAUCUUUAUCAACUUUUUCCUGUGGGCGAAGGGGUCCACCGCAGCAAUGCCGUUCACAACAAUUCUAGGCAUCCUCUCACUCUGGCUCCUCGUUUCUCUGCCUCUGGUGUUUAUUGGCUUCUUCUUUGGUUUUCGCAAACGACCCUUUGAACAGCCUGUUCGCACUAACCAGAUUCCACGCGCUAUUCCUGAUCGAAAGAUGCACCAGAAUAUCUUUGUUACGUGA